UAGGCAGAAGAUGAAAUAUAGAAAUUGGAACAAGAGAAAUACAUUCUGAAACGACAGCUGGAGAGCACCUCGAGCGAAAACGAUGCCGUCAUCCUGGAACUGCAAACCGACAUCAAGCUGUUCAGGCAGAAGCUCGAACUGCAGGAGCAGCUCAUGCGCCAAAUGGAACGUGAGAAAAAUCUACUUAUCGAAGAGCUCACCGCCCAGAACACUCGCCUGUCCAACGAGCUGAAGAAAGCCAACGUCACCGAACUGCAGCUAUCGACCCAGCUGCAGGAAAUCAAAGAACAAUGCAACCGGCGAACGCUCAGCAUACAGGACCACGUGAGCAGUCUCGAAAGUCUGAAGCACGAACUGCGGAUGAUACUGGAGAAGAAAAACGACCUGGAGAACCGGUUGCACAUGACGGCGAGCGAGAAGGAAAACCUCUCGGUAGCGCUGAACGAAGCUUCCGAGCGGAUACACAUCCUAGAGCGGAGCACCAAGGAGCAGGACACCAAGUACCAAAUGACGGUGCAGACGCUGGACCGGCUGGAGCGGGAAAAUGGAACGCUGAGCGAGCGGCUCGAGUCGUUCGAUAGCCAGCGGUCGCAUACCAGCGAUCAGAACCACUCGUCGCUGCUGCAGGAGAUGAACGGCGAGGACGAUUCGAUGAUGGUGGACGGCACCGGCGGCAGCAACGACGAAGCGACGAUCCUGCUGUACAAGGAGGCACAGUCGGUGUACAAACAGCUGAAGACGCUCUGCCAAACGCUGCGGAGUACGCACCACGAUGAUGAUUCGGAUUUGGUGUUCCAGUUUUUGUAA